UUUACUAGGGCUUCUCUCAUUGUGAAGCUACAAACACUUCAUAUCACUCCCAAAGCUUGAAACAUAGCAAAAAAAUGGACAUUUUCGCCACAAAAUCAAUGCCCAACAAAUCCCCAAUUUUCCCCAUUCCUCAACACUUCACCGACUACGGCUUUGAACCCCAAAUCGACUACUUUCAGGUUUUGGAAGAAGCUCGAAAGCACAAGAGGGAAUCCAUAGACGUCCAUUUCAAGCUGCAGAAGCCCAUUUCCAGAGACGAAUCGUCGAAGAAGAUCAAGAAGAGCAAGAAGCGGUGGUGGCGCAACGCCCUCCUCUUCUUCAGGUUUCCCAAACGGGCGCCUCCCUCCGCCGCCGCCGCUGAUCACGAGGGCCGACGCCGCAUUGGGUCGAUGUCGGGCCCGAUUUACGUCACCGACAGCAGGAGCGGCGCCUCCACGCCUUACAGACCGGGCCCGCUCGUGAAGGGUGGGGAUGGCAUCCCGUAUUUCAGUCUCCGGGAGCUGAAUGCGGCGGCUGGGCGCCGGAUUUCUGCGGCGGAGACGCCCAUUUAUUUGGUCAGGUGAUGGGCUGAGUUGGCCGCUUUUGGCGCUUUUUGUUUGAAUGGAAAUUUUUUAGUUUUCCUAUGUAUAGACCCUUUCAAGAAA